CCUCACGUUCAUCAUUGCUUCCUCUUGCUCUGAUUGGAAGGCCCAACCCGUCGCUCACCUUGGAUGAGCGCGAGAACAAACAGCCAAGAUGAAGCAUUACGAGGUGGAGAUUCUGGAUGCCAAGACCAAGGACAAACUCUGCUUCCUGGACAAGGUUGAGCCAAAUGCCACUAUUGGGGAGAUCAAGUCUAUGUUCCACAAAAGCCAUCCUCAAUGGUACGCAGCCAGACAGUCCAUCCGCCUGGACCCAAAGGGUAAGUGUCUAAAGGAUGAGGAUGUACUGCAGCAUCUUCCUGUGGGAACCACGGCAACCUUCUACUUCCGAGACCUGGGAGCUCAAAUCAGCUGGGUCACCGUGUUUCUGACAGAGUAUGCCGGUCCUCUCCUCCUCUACCUGAUGUUCUACUUCCGGGUUCCCUUCAUCUACGCCCCCAAAUAUGACUUCACCACUAGCAAGCACUGGGUUGUACAUCUAGCCUGUAUGUGUCACUCCUUCCACUACCUGAAGAGACUCCUGGAGACCCUGUUUGUCCAUCGCUUCUCCCACGGAACCAUGCCGCUACGCAACAUCUUCAAGAACUGCACCUACUACUGGGGCUUUGCUGCCUGGAUGGCUUACUAUAUUAACCAUCCUCUAUAUACACCACCUACAAUCUAUGGUGAGCAGCAGGUCAGGAUGGCCCUCAUCAUCUUCCUGUUCUGUCAGAUUGGUAACUUCUCCAUCCAUAUCGCCCUGCGGAACCUCCGCCCACCAGGAUCUAAGACCAGGAAGAUCCCGUACCCCACUAAGAACCCCUUCACCUGGAUCUUCCUGCUGGUCUCCUGUCCCAACUACACAUACGAGCUGGGCUCGUGGUUUGGCUUCACCUUGAUGACUCAGUGUCUGCCGGUGGCUUUCUUCACGGCGGUGGGCUUCAUCCAGAUGACGGUGUGGGCCAAAGGGAAGCACCGCAGCUACCUGAAAGAGUUCCGGGACUACCCUCCUCUCCGCUCGCCCAUCCUCCCAUUCGUCCUCUAGAGGAGAAUGGAACCCCCCCCUCGCCCAUCCUCCCAUUCGUCCUCUAGAGGAGAAUGGAACCCCCCCUCGCCCCAUCCUCCCAUUCGUCCUCUAGAGGAGAAUGGAACCCCCCCAUCCUCCCAUUCGUCCUCUAGAGGAGAAUGGAACCCCCCCUCGCCCCAUCCCAAACCUACUCUACACUGGUUUGGACUGACCUGGAAUGAGAGCCCUGUCCCUCGCCCCAUCCCAAACCUACUCUACACUGGAUUGGACUGACCUGGAAUGAGAGCCCUGUCCCCCACCCCUCGCCCCAUCCCAAACCUACUCUACGCUGGAUUGGUCUGACCUGGAAUGAGAGCCCUGCCCCCCACCAUCAUCCUCCAAUUAAAACCCUACCCCCCUCCACCCCAAACAUUUUGAGGAGACUGUCUUAUACUAUACUUUCCCACCCAGAAGUUUCUGCCUAACAACGCUCCUCAAACCACUUUUGAUUGGCCAUUGUUAUUUUUCUUUUCUCUGAGCUUUUUGGCUGUUUUAAAUAACCUGACUGACAGUCUGGCAUGUCCCAAAUGGUACACUAGUUCCUAUGUAAUGCAGUACAUAGGGACUAGGGAGCCAUUUGGGACAGGGUCAGUGUGUAACAAGGUGCAGGCCUAAGUAUAACAAUACCAAAACCUCUGAUCAGAAAGUGCUAAUAAACCAUGACACACUUUU